CGACUCCAACGACGUCGCUGCUCGCGUUACAGAGACGCCCCGACGUUGGUUUGCUACGACGCCGAACAACCAGUAGACCUGUUGUCGCGAAGUAACGCGAUCGUUGCCAAAGCACACCUACCCCCAUAUGGCCUAAACGGUACAACAACACAAGUGUGUCGUGAAAAAGACGACAUCACGUUUGCCGAGAGUCGUCAGCCCCCUUUGAUUCACAUUUACGUGACUUUUUGCGUAAAGAUUCCAAAUAUUAAUAUGACAACAGAGGAUAAUGGAAACGUGGGAUACAUGAAGCCGACUACGAGCAGCAAUGAGGACCUGAGCGAGUACACCGACGCCGACGAAAGUAUUUCGGCCCCCACCGAAUUUCUUGCAGAGUUUUUAUCCGCAGUGAUGUUAAAGGACUACGUAACCGCAUUAAAAUAUUGCAAACUAAUAUUACAAUACGAACCGAACAAUUCCACGGCCAAAGAAUUUUACCCGCUUAUAUUGGAGAAACUGCAGCAAAAUUUACAACCCGGCCCUAAAGAUGAUGCGAACGACAGUGAAAGUGAGGACGAGGAUAAUAGCGAAGAUAACAGCAUAAGCUCAGUAUCAGAAAGUAGUACAGAUGAUAGUAGCGAAGGACAAGAGGAAGAAGAGGUUGAACUUGACAACGCAGGUGAUAAACAAUCCAAAGGAUCUUCUGAUGGAGAUGCUACCACAGGGAGCUACUCAAGCUUGGAAGAUGAUGAAGCAGAAACCACUGAUCAGCUUGCAGCCCUGGCGGCGAGGUAUCAGAUCGACAAUGUGAAUCUCGGAAACGGAAACAAAAUAUAUGAAACCAGGAGUCUAUCUUCGCCCUACAAAAAGCAUACAAAUGGCAAAUCGGCAAACGAAGGCCAACUGCCAGUGGGCACCAGUUCGGAUUCUGAAUCACCUACAGAGCCAGUUAGUCAGUUAACGGUCGCGAUGCUUAGGGCAAGAGUGGUGCCAAAAAAAAUCUACAGUUAAACAUUCCUUUGUAGGAUAAUACCCCCACAGUCGGUUUAGUUAUUGGUUUUCUACGAAAAAAUAUAAGUAUCUUUGUUCCGUUUGGUCCUUCAAAUGCAAUGUGUUUCAAAAUUAAUGGAUAUUAUAUCCUAAUGUACUGGAAAUUUUUUUGGUAUUUUUUAGUAUUAGAAAGUUUGAAUAUUUGGUUUAUCUGGUACACCCACGAUUUUUUCGUUUUUGAAAACAUGGAAAAAAGUUAACUAUUUUUUUUGGUAAAUUUCUCCAAGCAAUAUUAAUUCAGCUGCUCCCCAUUUUUUCAAACUUUUUUGUAUGCUCCACUGAAGAUGUUCAGAAAUAAAAAAAAAGUAUACCCUGACUUUUGUAAAAAUUAAGUAGAAAUUAAUAACCUUUUUUCAAAACAAAAAAAUUAUAGCUGGUAUGUAAUUUAUAUUAUUUGGCAAACCUUAAAUAAUAAAAAAAAUUAUUAUACUAAAAAAUAAC